AUGGAAAGCUUUCUAACUAUGAACGUCGGUAUUACACACGAGAUAAAGAACAUCUCCACGAUCACUAUCUGCGGCGUUACGUGUUCUAUUUCGACUAUCACACGAUCACAUCCAGACCUCAAACAAUUCACCCUCUUUGAUAUCGACACAACAACACUCAAUGGCACAACAGUAGAAAACGCACUGACAGCAAUUAAAACGGCUAAGUCAGUUCUUCCUGUGGCGGCAACUUAUAAACACCAAAAUGGUGUUUUUAUCUUAUGUUGCGAAUCUUGUCUGUUCGACGAAGUCACCAAAGAAAAAAUAACAACCGACCAAGCAAAGUACUUUUUCUCUGACAUUGCAACAUUACUUACAAUUACUGACCCUUUGUCUUACUUACUUAAAACAGAAACUGUACUCUUUAAGUUGGAUCCUAUACACUCUACUUGCAGAUCAAGAUGUGACACGCCAUCAUCUCCACUUCCCCACUUGUUGUUGUCCCCGCUUGCAUUCUUCUUGAAAAGCGAUAAGAUGACCAAAGAAGAUCUGAAAAUGGAUUCACUCCUCUUAAUAAGCAAACUCACAAAUUUCAUUGCGUUGUUGGAAGACGACAGCUAUCUCUUUGUUAAGGAGGCUAAACACUUUGUUGGGUCUUUUAUGAAUAAAAGUUUGGAAGAACAACUCAAUUCCGACUUCCUCAAAAAUUGUAAGACAUUCCAAGAGCUCCCCAAGGGUACCCUUUCUGAUUACAAGGCAAUCAAUUUCAUUGGAAAUGGAGCUUGUGGUCUUGUCAUGGAAGUUGAAAAAAAUGGAGUCAGAUAUGCUAUGAAACAAAGUUGUCGAGCAGAUACUCUCCAGCGGGAGGCUCGUGCAAUGAAACUUUUUCACCACAAAAACACCGUCAGUUUUGUCGAUUACAUUGAGUCUGCGGAGUCCUUUGUGUCCCAUUUUGGUAUCCGGACCAAUCGGUCUAAAAAGUAUUAUUACUUAGUCAUGGAGUUAUGUGACUUUACUCUUGCAGAAUACACUGAAAAUAGGGUUUUGAGUGAUACAGAACUUUCUUAUCUUGUUGAGCAGAUCAAUUGUGGUUUAGAGUAUCUUGUUAAAGUGAAGAAAGUGAUGCACAGAGACAUUAAAUUAGACAACAUUCUUCUUAAAGUAUCCAAAGAUGGGAAGAUGCAAGUGAAAAUAGCCGACUACGGCUUUUGUCGAAGUAUCAACGGCAACACUGAAAGGGGGUUAGUCGGGACUCCAAUGUAUUCAUGUCCAGAAAUCUUACAAAAAUCAAGUCCGUCAGUCAAGAGUGACUUGUACUCCGUUGGUGUGAUGUUCUUCAAAAUGGUCACUGGACGGUUCCCUAAACAAAAUGAAAACAUCCCAACGGGAAAUGAAAUGAGAGGACUCCAAUCACUCAUCUCCGGUCUUGUCGACGUCGAAGAGAAACGAUUUGGGUGGGAUGAAUAUUUCGACCAGAGAUUUACUGUUCAUUGCUAA